CAUUACACCUGAGACAGGCAAUAACGCGGACAGCUAUAUGCAAGUGGUGUAUCACUUGCUGUGUAUUGGAGUAAGGCACUGUAAAGGGGCAGCUCUGGUGUCCUCGCCUCACACAGAGGGGUCCUGCAGUUCCGCGUUGUCAGAUCCGCGAGUGUUCGCACCACCACGUCACGGGCUGCUGGAGGUGCCAUCAGUUCCCGGGACCCCGGCAUGUCCGCUCCACUGGACUCGGACGAUGCCUAUGAUUUCCUCUUUAAGAUCGUGCUGAUUGGGGAUGCCGGGGUGGGCAAGACGUGCGUGGUGCAGCGUUUCAAGAGCGGUGUGUUUGUGGAGCGACAAGGGAACACUAUCGGUGUGGACUUUACCAUGAAGACUCUGGAUAUCCAGGGGAAGCGGAUUAAGUUGCAGAUCUGGGACACUGCUGGACAGGAACGUUUUCGGACCAUAACACAGAGUUACUACAGAAGCGCCAAUGGUGCCAUCAUCGCCUACGACAUUACCAAGAAGAAAUCAUUUGAGUCCAUUCCUCGCUGGAUAGAGGAUGUCAAGAAGUACGCUGGUUCCAACAUUGUGCAGCUGCUGAUUGGAAACAAGUCUGAUAUGCACGAAUUUCGCGAAGUCCAGCUAGAAGACGCUGAAGCCCUGGCAAAACAUUAUGACAUCAUCAGCGCCAUUGAAACAUCCGCCAAAGAUUCCAGUAAUGUGGAAGAGGCUUUUGUGAAGAUGGCCACUGAGCUGAUGAUGAGGCACGGUGGUCCAGUAUUCAGUGACAAAUCCACAGACAGCAUAAAACUUGACAGCAAAGACAUGGCUGGAGACUCCUGGAACUGUGCCUGUUGAUGAAUGCUUUCAUUAGCAUAUUAUAGGUAGCUAAUUCUAUAAUUGCCUGAAAUUAGUAUGGCUAUAGAAUGCGUCAUCAGGUUAUCUGCGCUCCAGUUGUUGAACUACCUCUCCCAGCAUGUUUGAUUUCAUGCUGAGUGUUGUAGUUCAGCCACAGCAUGGAAAUACUGGCUGAGCAACUCUGCUCAACUUUUUCUUUUUUGUUUUUCAAAGUGCUACCUGAAUCUGUACAUUAUCUAGACAAAAGAAGAGGAAGGGGACCAACAAGUGAAAAUGUUGUGGAACCGGUUUCCACAGCUGUGAAUUAGGCAGAGCCUGGUAACCCUAUGCGCUGUAGAUGUAGAACACCGAAUGCCUUUAGUAACUGGUUUGCUCUGAAAGUUCAGAACUCUAGUUGAUUCUUUAAAAUUCCACAUGAUUUUAAUAACUUUCUUGUAUGAUACCAUUCUAGUGUGUGGUGGGCAGCCACGGAAAUAAUUUUUAGGACCACCUGCGUUAUUGCAGACCUUUUUUCUAAAGUUUGUAAAAUUUUUAAGAGUUUUUUUUCUUGCCCAUUCCUGAAUUUUUAAAACCUUUUGGGGGUGAUGUAUGGAACAUUUCAAGACUGGGAAUAAUGUGCAAUCUCUUAAAAGUUAAAUAUCAAUUAACAUUUCAGGACAUGUUACUUAGGAAAUGUUUUUUUCUUCUUAAAUAGAUAUAUAUUUAUCACCAGCAAAUGAAUUUGAAAUAAAUCAUUUUAAAUGUA